GGCGAGAGUGAGUUGAGGAAGAGAAAUGGCGGACCGAUACUUGGAGAACGACAUGCCGGAUUUCGUUGAAGAGGAGGCACCGGCGGAAGAGGCUGAAGUGGGCUCUUUAGCAAGGCUACUCUCUCUUCCUUAUGCAACUCUCUCUGACAUGCUCAAAAGCUCGGCUUUGGACCUCAAACAAACGGUGGUCAUGCAGACAUGGGGGAAGCGUGUGGGAGAUUAUAGUUUGUAUACAGGGGCUCUUGGGACUGCUUGUUUGGCUUUCAAGGCUUACCAAGUCACCAAGAACCUCAGUGAUCUUAAAUUGUGUUGUGACAUUGUUAAAGCCUGUGAUAUUGCUUCUAGAGAUUCUGGGCAUGUUUCAUUCAUAUGUGGGCGGGCUGGCGUUUGUGCCUUUGGUGCUGUGGCGGCAAAGCAUGCUGGUGAUGGAAUGCUACUUGACCACUACUUAUCACAAUUUAAAGAGAUCAAGCUCUAUAGUGAUCUCCCAAAUGAGCUAUUAUAUGGGAGAGCUGGGUACCUGUGGGCCUGUUCAUUCUUAAACAAGAAUAUCGGAAAUGGAACUGUUUCUACUACUCGCAUAAGAUCAGUUGUGGAUGAAAUUAUAAAGUCUGGUAGACAAUUGGCCAAGAAGGGACGGAGCUCGUUGAUGUACGAAUGGCAUGGGAAGAAAUACUGGGGUGCUGCCCAUGGUCUUGCCGGAAUAAUGUAUGUUUUGAUGACUGUGCAACUGAAACCUGAGGAGGUCGAGGAUGUCAAGGGUACUCUACGUUACAUGAUUAAGAACUGCUUUCCCAGCGGUAACUAUCUUUCAAGUGAAGGAAGUGAAUCAGACCGUCUUGUGCACUGGUGCCAUGGUGCUCCUGGAGUUGCUCUUACACUUGUUAAAGCAGCUGAGGUUUUUGGAGAUGAAGAAUUUGUGCAGGCUGCUAUAGAUGCAGGGGAAGUGGUGUGGAGGCGGGGUCUGCUAAAGCGAGUUGGCCUAUGUCAUGGGAUCAGUGGGAACACUUAUGUGUUUCUUUCACUCUACCGAUUCACGGGUAAGGUGGAAUAUUUGUACAGGGCCAAAGCAUUCGCUUGCUUUUUAUAUGAUAGAGCACCCAGACUCAUAUCAGAAGGAAGGAUGCAUGGAGGUGAUCGCCCCUAUUCCUUAUUUGAAGGUGUUGGAGGAAUGGCUCAUCUCUUUCUGGACAUGACUGACCCAUCUGAAGCUCGGUUUCCUGGUUAUGAACUUUAAACUACUUCCCAUGUAAUAAAUUAGUACAUGCCUGAACCUUGUUCUGUCUUGUAAAUAUUGAACAAGAAGUAGAUAAAUAAAGAUAUUUGACAGGUUGAUCUGCACUUUGC